UGUUAAGAAAUACUCGUGUUGCAAAAAUUGAUAUACCUACUUUGAUAAGCUAAUAACUGUUGAAAAUUCCAAAUAGCACCAAAAAUGGAAAAAUUAAAAAAAGAAGAAAAAACCAAAAAUCCGAACAAAUAGCAUUGGCUACAGAUCAUCCAGCGAAACGAAAAUAACUUAAAAACCUAUUCUCAUACCUAACCAAUGUUCAGCGAACAUUUCAUGCAAAUCGGUGCAGCUGUUUCGGAGGAGUUUGAAAACAAACACCGUGACAGUAGAAUUUUAUAUAAUUAUAUAUAGUGAACAAAGGACUACAUUGUUUUACUUACCUUCGCUAGUGUUGUUUUAAAAGCAUAAUACAAAAAUCCACCUAUUUUAAUUGAACUCAUAUUUUACGAGUUCAAGCAAUUCCGUACACACAUGAUUGAUGUAUAAUUUGUUCUCUCUUGUAGCAUCCUCACUGGUGAAGCGUUAUCGGAAACAGAACCGGGAAAGGAAACCGCGUCAAGCGUACAGCGCGAUGCAGCUCGAACGUCUCGAGGACGAGUUCCAGCGUAACAUCUACCUGAACGUAAACAAGCGCUUCGAGUUGGCGCAAUGUCUCGGGCUUACCGAAACCCAGAUCAAAACCUGGUUCCAGAACCGGCGCACCAAGUUUAAGAAGCAGCAAGACUCACGCAACAAGCGCGAACAGCGACAGCAGGCACAGCUGAUCGCACAAUGGUUGUUUCAGCCACAGCAAGUCGGUACGAUUCCGCUGGACGGCCAGUUUCAACCGCUGGCCCGGUUGCCCGUGCUUCCCGCACACCGGUCAUCCCUGGCGCUCGCACAAAGUACGCUCCAGUCGGCACUGAUGGCACCGUACCAUCUGUUACCACCUGCCGCACCAUUGACGGUACCGUUGCAACAGUCGCAACAGCAGCGUGCCUUGGAGAAAGGAUCUCGCAUUGUUGCACCGGUCUAUACGGUGCGCUCACCAAACGGUGCACCAGUGUAUCCCUCCCGAGUGCCAUUUGCAACGUGCAUGGUACCGUUGGGUACCGCUAACGGUAAGGAACCGGCUGAAAUAUCUGCCAAAGGUUCACCGGAAACGAUAGCGCCGGAUGAGAAGGAUGGCGUGCAAUGCUAGUUGAAUCGAUCAAUUUGUUUUAUCGCCAAACUAGUAAAAUGGUACCCAGUAUUUAAGUUUCCAUCGUAACAUUUUGAGCUUUAAAGCCUUUUAAGUGAACACGUAAAAGAAAGCAAUUGUUUUAACGCUAGGAAGGGUUAACGCAUUUUCAACUAAAUGUUUUUAAUGUAAACAGCUGAAAAGAAAUAAAUUAACAAUUCAUUUUUCAUUUCUAAAAGUCGGAUAGACGCGUUUCGCGGAUUCACUAGCACACUUUAUAGGCGCUAGUAAGUAAUAUUUCUAAAAUGAAAGAAUUAAUCAAUUUGUGAUACGUCGGUAGAGAAGAUGUACGCUCACACGGUUCGUAUUGCACAAUUAUUGCUGAUAAUUCGUUUGAAUAUAGAGGUAAAUAUAAAGUUAAAACUUUUAUUCACUGCCUCUGUACACU